AUGUUGAUUAAGCCUGACUCUCUGGUCACACGCGUGUAUAAGGCCAGGUACUUUCCCAAAGGAACUUUUUUUGAUGCACAGGUGGGAAGUAAUCCCAGUUUCUGCUGGCGGAGCAUCAUGGCAGCAAAGAGUAUUAUUUGUGGUGGGGUCAGGCGCAGAAUAGGUAAUGGGGAGGCUACAUUUAUAUGGACCCACCCAUGGCUACGGAAUGACCAUGACCCAAUGAUACAAACAGAAAUGCCUAUACAGUUACAACAUGCCAAGGUGGCAGGUUUGAUAGAUCAGCAAACUGGUGCCUGGGAUCCCUCGAUUUUAACUGAUUUAUUUCAACCUGAUGAUGUGACAGAAAUUAUGAAAAUACCCAUAUAUCCGGAAUAUGAGGAUACCUGGUACUGGUAUGGGGACCCAAGAGGGGAGUAUUCUGUUAAGAGUGGAUAUAGGCAAAUAAUUGGAAAUUAUCAACAGACUAAUGGGGCUUUUACAAAAUGGUUGUCCCUAUGGAAGCUAGGAAUCCCAAAAUGGAGAAUAUUUCUAUGGAGAGCCAUUAGUGAUAUAUUGCCUACUACUACAAAUUUGCUUAUAAGGAGGGUGGAUGUGGAUUUAAGAUGUGCCAUGUGUGGAUUAUCUCAAGAUGACACAAUGCAUGCUUUGGUGUUGUGUGAUUUUGCACGGAACGUUUGGGAAAAAUCUAACCUUACAAUCCCAAAUAUAAUCACAAAUAUUUUUCAUAUUUGGUUUGAUGAACUUCUAAAUGUUCUAGACUCUGAUGGGAUAUUCUAUGCAGUAGCAAUAUUAUACAAUAUUUGGAGAGCAAGGAACAGGGCCGUUUGA